GUGGAGUGGGUGGGACCAGGCUGCCCUCACGCGCCACUGUUUGUGUGUGUGUGUGUGUGUGUGUGUUUUUGCUCCAGGCGCUUAUUCGAGCAGCGUUAAUCCGCUGUGAUGUCACAGUGCGGAGGGAAGCAGGAGCUCGGAUCACCGCGAUAAUCCCGAACAAGUCUGGAGCGAGACAACCAGAGCCGAGCCGGGCUGAGGCGAUCAGGCGCCGGGACCAGGAGCGAUGUUGACCGCAGCAGCAGCAGCAGGAGGAGCAGCAGGAGCAGCAGGAGCCGGGCCUCUCCUCCACUGACACAGCAGGCUGUGCUAUGACUGCGGUUCCUGUUGGAAACCAAAUUAGCAUGUUCUGAGAAUCAACAACCAUGAGCCACAAGCAUCAGGAAGAGACGAUGGAGGAACUGAGCGAGGAGCACAAGGUUCCUGCGAGGACCCGGCAGCACAAUGGCCCGACACGUGGUGAAGCUCCUGUACGGCGCUCCUGGAGGCCGUGUCAGAUGGUCAACCAGGACGGGGAACUGAAUCCUCAUCAUCACCAUCAUGACCAUCACCCUCCUCACCACCACCACCCGUCCACAGGUCGUGGAUCUGCUCGGCAGCGCCGGCGACCUAUGUCCGGUCAAUCCCAGGCUCAAAGUCCUGGUCUGGCAUCUUCCAGGCCUGAUGGUGACCAGGUCUGGGGAGCCGAUCCCCAUCCUGUCCCACUACCGCGCCCUGCCGUCACCCGCUACCGCCGCCAUGGCGACCCUAACCCCAGGCUCAAAGGUCACAGGCAGAGGCAGCCAAUCAGAGAGAUGCAGGAAGCCUCGCAUGGUGUGGAAGAGCGAGGAGGUGCGGUGCAGCAAAACUCCGCAGAUAGUCCGGAAACAGACCAAUCACAGGACAGAGUUACUCCUCACCACACUCCUGUUGCAGUAGUCACGCCCACUCAGCUCUCGCCUGGUCCUGCGAGGCAUAAUGUACAACCUGGAUGCCAGAAGGCGCCACCUACAGAGGCAGAGGCGGAGCUACAGGAAGAGAACGUAGAGGCAGAGGCAGAGCUACCGGAAGAGAAAAUAGCGUGUGAAGAAGAUGAGCUGGAGGACGUUCAGAAGAACGAUGAAGAACCAGAGCAGAGGGAGGAUGGUGAAGACUGUUGCUCAAACACCGGCGACUCCAGCUCCUGCCAGGAUGUCGUGCAGACAGUUGAGGGUGGAGCCAAGGAAUGUGACGAGAACGUGGAAGAGGAUCAGGAGGAAGUGUUGGACGAUGUGGCAGAGGACGUUGUUGCUCAGGGAAGUGAACUCAACGACCUGUGCUCAGACACAGAAAGUGCAGCGUCACUCAGUUUGGACGGACCGCUCCACAGCCCGCCGCCACUCCACUCGCCGACUCCUCCCUCCUCCCCCGAUGUCCUGCAUUUCCCCCAGCUGGACCACUUCAGCGAGGACAUGAGCAUGAGCCCCAUACCUGACAAUGACCUACCUGAGGACGAGGACCGCUCGGAGUCCUGCUCGCCAUCUCACUCCACUUCCUGCUCUGAAUCGUACCCAAAAACCUAUGCAGACUUUUACUCAGAGUCCCACCAGAAGUCUUACCCAGAGCCUGCCUACAAGACUUACUCGGAGACUAAAUCCCACCCCACUUCUUUCCCCGAACCCCUAAAGAAGUCCUACUCAGAGCUACACCGCGAACCACUCCACCAGACUCAUCGUAGGUCUGAGCGGUAUGAGGAAUCCUGCCGAGAACCUUUUACCAACCACAGAGAGGAGAACCUAAAAAGACUAUCUCCAUCUUUCUCAGCUGAGGAAUCCCAUCAUGCACUGAGGCAGGUCAGAGACCAAGGUCCACAUCACUCCCCUCCGGACCGCUCUGUCGGCUGCCGGCUGCACCACUAUGACGGAGAGUCCGACAGCGAAGGGAACGGCGGUGGAGAUCGAAGCCCUGCCCUCAGAAGUCGCAGGUGUGCACCUGCACGAGGAGAACCUCAGGACAAGAGCCCGACUUCUGGACACAGCAGCUCAGGUGACGCCAUCAGUCUGGCCAUCAAAGACAUCAAGGAGGCGAUCGAGGAGGUGAAGACGAAGACGGUGAGAUCUCCGUACACUCCUGAUCGUCCUGAGGAGCCGAUAUGGGUGAUGAGGCAGGAGCUCGGUCCCACAGAGGAGACCACGGCUGACCACUCUCCGUCUCCCUCAGAGUCCGAGUCUCCGUCCUGCUUCGCCUCCGCUCCGGUCAGAGAGACGGUCAGUCCACAAAGACACGAGUCCUCGGGACACCAUCCCCAAAAAUAUCAGCAACCGCAAUCCCAACACAAUCAACACCAUCACCACCAGAGGGACACGGGGAGGCCGUCACAGACGCACACACACACGCCGCCGCCGCCACCCAGUCAGCAGCAGCAGCAGCAGCAGCAGGAGAUUCGCAGAUCUCUUCCACCGUUCCCCACAUUUGUAGAUGUCCUGGGACCGUGUGACCCCGACGACCUCAUCGACGGCAUCAUCUUCGCUGCGACGUACCUGGGCUGCACUCACCUGCUGUCAGAGAGAACGCCCACAAAGAGCGCUCGCAUGCAGCAGGCGCAGGAGGCCAUGAGCCGAGUCAGGACCGCUCAGAAACAAGCCAAGAACAGGAAGAAGAGUCCUGACGCUGAGACUUUGUCCACGGCUGAGGUCGAUCUCUUCAUGUCCACACAGAGAAUCAAAGUCCUUAAUGCAGACACUCAGGAGAGUUUGAUGGACCUGCCGCUCAGGACCAUCUCGUACAUCGCAGACAUCGGGAACAUGGUGGUGCUGAUGUCUCGGGGGAAGAUGGUGCGGUCGCACAGCGCGCAGGAAAACCUGGACGACGCGGACGAGCGGAGCGGAGUGAGCCACGACGACCGGCGGCUCUACAGGAUGAUCUGCCACGUGUUUGAGUCCGAGGACGCUCAGCUGAUCGCUCAGUCCAUCGGUCAGUCGUUCAGCGUGGCGUAUCAGGAGUUCCUCAGGGCAAACGGCAUCGACCCCGAGGACCUGAGUCAGCGAGAAUACAGCGACCUGCUCAACACUCAGGACAUGUACAACGACGACCUCAUCCACUUCUCCAAGUCUGAGAACUGCAGAGACGUUUACAUCGAGAAGCAGAAGGGCGAGAUGGUGGGCGUGGUCAUCGUGGAGUCGGGGUGGGGCUCCAUCCUGCCCACCGUCAUCAUCGCCAGCAUGAUGCACGCCGGCCCGGCCGAGAAGUCCGGACGCCUCAACAUCGGAGACCAGAUCAUGACGGUCAACGGGAUGAGUCUGGUGGGUUUACCGCUCAGCACCUGCCAGAGCAUCAUCAAGGGUCUAAAAUCUCAGUCCAGGAUCAAGAUGAACAUCGUCCGAUGUCCUCCCGUCACCAUGGUGCUCAUUCGCAGGCCGGACCUCAGAUACCAGCUCGGCUUCAGCGUCCAGAACGGCAUCAUCUGCAGCCUGAUGAGGGGGGGCAUCGCCGAGCGAGGCGGCGUCCGCGUCGGCCACCGCAUCAUCGAGAUCAACGGGCAGAGCGUCGUGGCGACGCCUCACGAGAAGAUCGUCCAGAUUCUCUCCAACGCCAUGGGAGAGAUCCACAUGAAGACGAUGCCUGCGGCCAUGUAUCGUCUGCUGACCGCGCAGGAACAGCCCGUCUACAUCUGAACACACACACACACACACGUCGUCCUCUCUGUGUCAUGUUUUUAAAAUCACUAAAAUCACGUGACUUUGCCUUAACCUGUUUGCGGCGCACCGUCAUGCUAACAUGUAAAUCCCCAGUCUUGCCAGCAGAGGGCAGGUGGUUUUUUUUGUCUUAUGUUUUUUGACCAAAGAGAGUUUUUAGGUUGUGUUUGUUUCACAUGAAGGCGACAGACGAGAGGAAAGAAAGCAAAUAAAUAAAUAAAUAUUAACUUAUUAACAGCUGUAAAAACCUGAAUGUACUCGAAUCACGUUUGGACCUAAAACGACGUGCAAGUUAAAGAGGUUGUUGUUGGACAGUGAAGUGAUGAAUGAAUGAAUGCAUGAACAGAUCUGCUGAAUAAACUCCAGGAGAGGAAAA